AUGUCCUACCAACCACUUAUUGGAGUCGACGCCGCUCAGGUUCCUCAGGAAGAAUUUGACCAGGAAUUGAAAAACAAGCAUUUUCAGUACACUUAUGAUAAUGGCUGGAAAUACGAGUUCCAUGUUCCCAAUGACAAACGAAUUGUAUACUCGAUUCAUGGGGGGCCAAUGGCUGGACGGCACAACUUUCAGACAUGUUACUACCAGAGAGUGAGGAAAAAUUUAUGGCAAGUCAAUUGGUUAGAAGAAACUGGAACCGUUGUGUCGUUGAUUUUGGAUAUUGAAAAUAAACGUAUUACUACGUUCAUGGCCUUUUCUCAGGGUCAUUGGGAGCAUCCAGAGCAAGCACACGGAGACAAGCGGGAAGAUUUGGAGCGGUGGAGAGAGCUUUCUAGAAUUGGAAUUGCAACCAAUAGGUACUUGAUAACCGAACAAGCAUCGAUCGAUGAGAUUUUUGAAGGAAGAGGUGAUUUACCUGAUAUUUCAUUGGAUCUACCAACGUUAUAA